AGUCAGCCACGGUCCCAGCCUGCCCUGCGCGGGCUAACGAGAGCAGAUCGAGUGACUCACCUCCGCCGUGGUAACUCCUCGCUCUCUCUCCCCUCACACACGCUCACACCGGCGCGAGAUGGCGGCGGCGGCGGCAGCGGCGGGGGACUCCGACUCCUGGGACGCGGACACGUUCUCCGUGGAAGACCCGGUGCGGAAGGUCGGGGGCGGUGGCACCGCCGGCGGGGACCGCUGGGAAGGCGAGGACGGUGAUGGCCCUGGCCCUAGCCCUUCUUUGAAGGUCCGCGCCCCGGCCUGGAUCCCAUCCGCCAACUGGCGACGGGAGGUGACAGCAGCAGCCGGCCCGGCCCACGUGCACACUUCGCGGUCCCGAGCUGCUUGCAGGGAUGAGGCUGGGAAGUUGAAGAUGGAGCCCCAUGGAAAGCCCCAUAUGGAAAGCCUUGCAACCCACCUGUCUUUUCGAGCUCACGUCUCCUCAGGGCCAUUAUCUCUAAAGGAUAACUGGGAUGAUGAUGAUGAUGAAAAAAAAGAGGAAGCAGAAGUAAAACCAGAAGUAAAAAUUUCAGAAAAGAAAAAAAUAGCAGAGAAGAUAAAAGAGAAAGAACGGCAACAGAAGAAAAGGCAAGAAGAAAUUAAAAAAAGGUUAGAAGAACCUGAAGAACCUAAAGUGCUAACACCGGAAGAACAGUUAGCAGAUAAACUGCGGCUAAAAAAGUUACAGGAGGAGUCAGACCUUGAAUUAGCAAAGGAAACUUUUGGUGUUAAUAAUACAGUUUAUGGAAUAGAUGCUAUGAACCCAUCUUCAAGAGAUGACUUCACAGAGUUUGGAAAGUUACUAAAAGAUAAAAUUACACAAUAUGAAAAGUCACUAUACUAUGCCAGUUUUUUGGAAGCCUUAGUUCGAGAUGUGUGUAUUUCAUUGGAAAUAGAUGACUUGAAAAAGAUUACCAAUUCAUUGACUGUGCUUUGCAGUGAAAAACAGAAGCAAGAAAAGCAAAGCAAAGCCAAAAAGAAGAAGAAAGGUGUAGUUCCUGGAGGGGGAUUAAAGGCCACCAUGAAAGACGAUCUGGCAGAUUAUGGUGGUUAUGAUGGAGGAUAUGUACAAGACUAUGAAGACUUCAUGUGACAUUUUAUCUUCUCCCGGUGUCUUCUUUCUGUUGCCCACAAUCCCUUCAACAUGUAGCACAACUUCCUUUUCUUUCAGUUCUGCCAAAUGCUACAAUCAGAAGUGCAGUAUCUUUUGUGCUGGUUAUUUAACCCCUUGACACUUAGGUGCUACUGUGCGAAUGAGGGAACUUGGAUCUUGCUGCCAAGGGGUUAAAAUUGGGAACCUCUGUUGCUACUAAAUCAUAGUUUAAAAAAAAACAAACAAAAAAACAAGCCUAAUAAUGUUGUCAUUGUUGCUAUCUGAUUCCAUAGCAGCAGUCACUAAAUUGGAAACAAAGGUUGCAACAUGACGAAAAAAAUUGUGUAGUAUUUACCAGCACCAUUUCAGUAAUACAGCCUUAACCAUACCUCCUUGAACUACUUCAUAACUUGUCAAGAAAAGCAGUCUGCAGCAAGGGCGUGUGGUGUGCACCUAGUAUUAAAAUUGCUUUGUCUUAAAAUUGAGCGUGAGGAUAUUAAAAAUACAUUGUGAAGAAGACUGCUUAUCUCAGAGUGAAGACACGGCGGCUGAAAAGCACUAGUUUGAUACUUAAAAAUUAAAUGACCAAAACCCUCCAACUUCGAAGCUGAAGAAGGUAAACCUUUCCAUUAUUGCAUUGCAAGUUGUGGAAUCUCUUGAAUGCACAGACUGUCUAGUUUCUAUUUAUCAGACUAUUCUGCUGAUGGAAUGCUUCAGAUGGGGGAGGGAAGCUCUUUACCUGUUUUACUUGCCUGAUUUAAGUGUCUGAGAAACAAAUCUCCUUUGUUCUCCUGGGCUGUAAUGGAACAACUUUAACAGGGUUUUGGCAUUUCCUUUCCUUUAUAAAACAUGCUCAGCAAACUGCACCAGUUAACUACAGUUUGGUAAAUUGUUAUGUUAACAAUUAAUGACAUCUGCAAUGUUUUAUAAAGCAACUAAUUUAAUAAAGUCACUAUUGUGAGGACUUAAA